GUUCUUCAAACGAUACCGAUUACCUGUCCCGCCGGCAUCCAGCACGACAAGAUCAUUCAACUGGUUGAGGAAGUCAAGGAAGAGUUACAAGGAGGGCAUUCUUCCUAUGACUCUUACCGGAUGGAGACUGGGAUCUAAAAGCCUCGAAGCCCUUGGCACUGGCAGUGUCAGUGAUCGCCGAGACAUGAAUGGUAUGAGGACGAAGCUUUACCCUCUGAUGGGGAGACGUAAAGUGAGGUCGGGUGGAAACAAGCUCUAUCUGGAAACACUUUACACUUACAAAAGGCCGGGUGUGAGAGUAAGACUCGGACACAGCGUGUUGAGCUUGAUGGGCACAAUAGUGGAAUGGAGCGGCAGCAUCAUGAAUCUUCUUCGCCGUACGUCCCAUUACGGGUAUUAUGGCAAUCGCAGCGGUCACACAUUACCAGCGCAACCAGCAGAACAAAAGGGUUAUCGGAUGAGCAUGGAUGAGGGCGUGUCGAGAGACGAUAGUGUUCAGACUCCCUUUGUUCCCACCCAGGCUGACCGAGAUGAUCCUGGCGAGAUAAAGGAGGAACUGAGAAAGGAAAAUGCAUUCAUUUGUUCGAUACUUGAAUGUCAAGCACACGACGGUCGCAUUCGCUUCUCCGACGCGGUUGUGGCAGAAAGGUUGCUAGGAGGAGAGAUCAGCCGCGCCCUUACAGAUCUCAAGCCUCGCCAUCCUAGCCAAUUGGAUGAACACUUGUGGACUGCAGCUAUCUGUAUCCUUCUUGAAAGGGACUUCCAAUCCUGCGCUGCACUGUGGCAGCUCAUGGUGUUGAAGGCAAAAUCUUACCUGGGGAAGUUUGAGAACUCAGAAGAGCUGGUGCGGGACGUAGAGGAAGCCUUGAGAGGGUUGAAGUUGCCAAUAUAUACUGAACAAGGAGGCGGCGUAUCUGAGGAUAAUGAAGCAUCAGACUUCUCAUCUGAUAUCUUCUUCGAGUAUGUCUAAGCACGGCGAAUAUCUUGUCUAACUUGUCUUUCUUUCCCCUUACCCAGCUUGCGCCAUGGAGGGAUAGUUCUAGACUAGCAGACUAGGUAUCUGAUUGCUU